AGAACUCGGAUCACUAGUACUUGUAUCUUUGUACUUUGUAGGAAGCAAAAUGACGAACUACGAUCAUAUCUUGGAAAAAGAGUAAAACUAAGGAAAAAAGUAAAAUUUGACAAAACCUAAAUUCCAGAGAUGUUGGGUUUCUUAACCAGAAAUUCAUCAAAACCAUCAUCAUCAUUCUGGAAUUCUCGUUCAUGGCUCCUAAAAUCAUCUGCUUCAAUUCUUCAAACAAAAAGAGAAUUAUGUUUGGGAGUUCUUCCCGACGCCAUUGACAGAAAUUCCGACGCUUCUAUUCGCAAUUCCCAAUUAAUGCACGAUUUACUCUCUCAACUCCAUUCUAACAUCAACAAGGUACUUUGUGGUGGGGGAGAAGAAGCUGUAAAGAGAAAUAGAAGUCGGAAGAAGCUUCUUCCUAGAGAGAGAAUCGAACGGAUUCUUGAUCCUGGUUCUUCCUUCCUUGAACUUUCCCAGCUUGCAGGCCAUGGGCUGUAUGAAGAGUCCCUUCCAUCUGGUGGAAUAAUCACUGGAAUUGGUCCAGUUCAUGGGAAACUUUGUAUGUUUGUGGCUAAUGAUCCCACUGUUAAAGGAGGAACUUAUUUUCCCAUCACAGUGAAGAAACAUCUGAGGGCACAAGAAAUUGCUGCUCAGUGCAAGCUACCAUGCUUGUACCUUGUAGAUAGUGGUGGUGCUUUCCUUCCCAAACAAGCUAAAGUCUUUCCCGAUAAGGAGAACUUUGGCAGAAUCUUUUACAAUCAGGCCAUUAUGUCUGCUCAAGGUAUACCACAAAUUGCACUCGUUUUGGGUUCAUGUACUGCUGGGGGUGCGUACAUACCUGCAAUGGCUGAUGAAAGUGUAAUGGUGAAAGGAAAUGGAACAAUAUUUCUUGCUGGACCUCCACUUGUGAAGGCUGCAACUGGUGAGGAAAUUUCUGCUGAGGAUUUGGGAGGUGCCAGUGUGCACUGUAAGAUAUCAGGAGUUUCUGAUUAUUUUGCUGAAGAUGAGCUGCAUGCACUACAUACAGGAAGGAAUAUUAUUAAAAACUUGUAUAUGGCCGGAGGAGGACAGUUACCUGAUUCUUGGAAUUUCACGACAGAAGAACCCAAGGAACCUCUUUAUGAUCCAAAAGAGCUCAGAUAUAUUGCUCCAAUAGAUCACAAGCAGCAAUUCGAUAUACGAUCUGUUAUUGCUCGUGUCGUUGACGGGAGUGAAUUUGACGAAUUCAAGAAACUGUAUGGCACUACUCUUGUAACAGGGUUUGCGAAAAUUUGUGGGAAACCUGUUGGCAUCCUUGGAAAUAAUGGAGUGUUAUUUAAUGAAUCCGCUCUAAAAGGGGCCCACUUCAUUGAAUUAUGCACCCAACGUGGUAUUCCAUUGGUUUUUCUUCAGAAUAUUACUGGAUUUAUGGUUGGCUCAAGAGCUGAGGCCAAUGGCAUAGCAAAAGCUGGGGCAAAAAUGGUGAUGGCUGUUGCUUGUGCAAAGGUUCCCAAAAUCACAAUUAUAAUUGGUGGAAGUUUUGGUGCGGGAAACUACGCAAUGUGCGGACGUGCAUAUAGCCCCAAUUUCAUGUUCUUCUGGCCGAAUGCGAGAAUUUCCAUAAUGGGAGGAGCGCAGGCUGCAGGUGUGCUGACUCAAGUAGAAAAAGCCAACAAACAACGGCGAGGGAUCGAGUGGACAACUCAAGAAGAGGAAACAUUCAAAGCGAAGGUUGAAGAGGCAUAUGAGAAAGAAGGUUCUCCAUAUUAUUCUACAGCUAGGCUCUGGGAUGACGGUAUCAUUGAUCCUGCAGAUACAAGAAAGGUUAUUGGUCUAUGCAUCUCUGCCUCAAUGAAUCAUUCUCCAGAAGAGACGAAGUAUGGUGUGUUCAGAAUGUAACGAGAUAAAUGAGAUGAUGAUUCAGUGUUGAACUGUAUAUAUGUUUGUAAAUGUAAGGAAGCAGCUAGGAUAUUUUCAUGUUAUUUAAACAUCAUGACUAUGGAUCCCCUUUGGGCUGAUUGUUAAAACAUAAGAAGCAAAGUACAGCUUAUUUGGAGCUUCAA